GUUUAGAUUUAAAAGGAGCAAGCAUGGAGGACUUAAAAAAACUAUCUGGCCGUGGUAAAAUUCCUGAAUUAGACACAAUUGAUGGUUCCAACCCUGCUUCUAAAUACAAAAAUUAUGUUCAAUUAUCAGCGGUCGGAGAUGGAAAUUGUUUCUUAAACUCUUUUUCGGUUUUCUUGACCGGUAAGGAAAAUGAUACUACUUGGGCUUUGCCUCUCCGAGUCAAACUUUGUUUAGAAUUUAUGACUAACCCUGAUACCUUUGCGGUAGGAAAUGAAGCCGAAAAACUUGCCUUAUUGAAAAAAAAAUUAAUCAGCGAGGGAUUUGCUAUAAACGUUAGCGCAUUACCUAAUAAUGUUAUCGAGAAUGGUCAGCCGGUUAAAUUUUCUGCCAAAAGUACCGAGGAGAUAUUGAAUGAUAAAGAUACAUUGAAAAACGGAGGAGUAAAAUUUAUUCCUGAAUAUAAUGAGUCCUCUUUCCGAACUUCUUAUUGCCAAGGGGAAAACGCUGGUGCUGAAUUACAUUUCGAAUUUGACUCUGGACUAUCAGCUUAUCGUCUCUAUAAAAUAGUCGAAACCGUUAACGAACCUGAAAAAGAAAUAACCAAAGAAAAUAAGUUGCUAAAAGAGGGACAAAUAAGGGAUAAUAAUUUACUUCUUCCUAUUGACAUCAAAAAAUUUUCCUUUUCUCUUAACCAAGAAAUAAAAAGUCGUUUACGGAAAGAUGUCGAAGAAAUUAAGGAACCACGGUUAGGUCAACGUUUCUAUCUCCUUAUCAAGGAAGUCAGAGAAGAACCUACCAAGGAUGCUCCUCAAAUCAUUUUAACCCGCUCCAAUGAUUUAUUUAUACACAAGUUACUGGAGCAAGAAAUUCCUCAAAUAAAAAGUAGAAUUAUUACCAUUCAUGAUAUUUUGCGCUUGCCGGGAAUAGUAAGUAAAGUAUUAGUUGAGAAGGGUAAAAUGGCAAUUGAAAAAAGAUUGAAUAUUGACCCUGCCGGAACCUGCAUUGGUGAAAGAGGUGAAAGAGCUAAAGCCAUUUCCCGCUUAAUUUAUGCUGAGCAAAUAUACUUUGUAGAUUGA